GAUGGUCUCGAAGAUCAUGAAUUGUACUCACAAGCGCCGUGAAUGAGUCUGAAGCUUCCACGGACGCUAUAUUCAUUCGAAGAACACAAGUAGCAUAAUGGCUCUUCUUGUUGAUAAAUUGCGGCCGCGGACCCUUGAUUCGCUCACCUAUCACCAUGAGCUGUCUGCCCGCCUGAAGUCCUUGGCACAAAGCGGCGACUUCCCACAUCUUCUCGUCUACGGUCCUUCAGGUGCUGGAAAGAAAACUCGUAUCAUCGCAACUCUCAAGGAGCUCUACGGCCCCGGAGUGGAAAAGAUCAAGAUCGACGCACGUGUCUUCCAAACGACUAGCAAUAGAAAGCUCGAAUUCAACAUCGUCGCCUCUGUCUAUCAUCUAGAAAUCACACCAUCAGAUGUGGGAAACUAUGAUCGAGUCGUUGUGCAGGAGCUGCUCAAGGAAGUGGCACAGACGCAACAGGUUGACGUCUCGGCCAAGCAGCGUUUCAAGGUCGUUGUGAUAAACGAAGCCGACCACCUGACUCGUGAUGCACAAGCAGCGUUGAGACGGACGAUGGAGAAAUACAGUCCGAACUUGAGAUUGAUCCUCCUAGCGAACAGUACGGCGAAUAUCAUCGCACCUAUCCGCUCGCGAACUCUGCUGGUCAGAGUGGCAGCGCCCUCCGAGGAUGAGAUCAGUACUGUAUUGAAGGCAGCUGCGGAGAAGGAGGGGUGGACGCAGGUUGAUGCGCUCAAUAAGAGGAUCGCAAAAGAGAGCGGGAGGAAUCUUCGGCGAGCGCUGCUUAUGUUCGAGGCCAUCUAUGCACAGAAUGAGAAAGUGACAGAUAAAACACCGAUACCGCCUCCGGACUGGGAGGCCUUGGUUUCUUUGACUGCAGACGAGAUCAUGGCCGAGCGAUCGCCGGCGCGGUUGCUACAGGUUCGCGCAAGACUCUAUGACCUUCUUACUCACUGUAUACCACCUACAACUGUUCUCAAGACUUUAACCUUCAAACUCAUUCCGAAGGUUGAUGACGCAUUGAAACCGGAAGUCAUCAAGUGGUCCGCUUUCUAUGAACAUCGGAUAAAGAUGGGUAGCAAAGUGAUAUUCCAUCUGGAGGCGUUUGUCGCAAAAUUUAUGCGUAUCUAUGAAAGGUGAGUGAUUCUGUGUGAGAUUGGAUGAAAUACUUGCUGAAUUUCUGCUUUCUAGUUAUUUGAUGGGAAUGGACUUUUAAUCUGGAGAUGAGAGAAAUGAAUUAAUGAUUGCGUCCAUAUCAUAAC